GACAUCUUUGACUGCAGACCCAGAUUGAAUCAGGAGAUGUUAAUCAUGAACUCAGGAGACUUCAAGACUUCUCUCGGAUAUUAUUUAUGUAAUAGAAAAUACUGUUUCAUAUGUCUGCUAAACAUUGAUGGCUGGUGCAUUAUUCUUUUUCCCAAGUGCACACGUGAAGCCUUGAGCAUUCCACAAUUCUGAUGAGGAACCUGAAUCUCUGAGAAGUUACCUGGCAUUCCAACCCAGACCUGUAAGGCUCCUAAGCCCAUGCUCUUUCACCAUUGCCACAGUGAUGGGAAUGAUGGUGGCAAAAAUCAGUAAGAAUUUGUGUGUUCUCUGAGUGGAAUCUCUCAAGCUUCGAAAGCAGCCCGGGCCUACUGUGCUGACUGUGAGCUGUUGGAGCUAGCCCACUGCAGGGAGUGAUGGGAACCCCCUCAUUCCUACCCCUCUCAGCUGGUGAGAGUGACUGGACUGAUGGCACAGUCUCCCAUCCUUUGGGCCAUAUGCUGCUGUGGACAGCUCUGCUCUUCCUGGUUCCUGUUGCUGGAACAUCUGAAGAUCUCCCGAAGGCGGUGGUGAACCUUGAGCCUCCAUGGACCCCUGUGCUCCAAGACGACUACGUGACUCUGAAGUGCCAUGGGGCCCACAUCCCUGGGGAAAACGCCACCCAGUGGUUCCACAGAGGAAGCCCCAUCCCAACUCAGGUCCAGCCCAGCUACGGCUUUAAGACCACUGUCAGCGACAGCGGGGAGUACAGGUGCCAGACAGGCCUGACCAGCCUCAGCGACCCUGUGCAGCUGGACGUGUUUUCCGAUUGGCUGUUGCUCCAGACCCCUCAGUUGGUGUUUCAGGAAGGGGAGCCCAUUGUGCUCAGGUGCCACAGCUGGAAGAACAGGCCUCUGUACAAGGUCACAUUCUUCCAGAAUGGAAAAUCCAAGAUAUUUUUCCGUAAAAAUACCAACUUCUCCAUCCCACAAGCAAACCACAGUCACAGUGGAGAUUAUCACUGCACGGCAAUGAUGGGGCAGCAGCUGAAGACAUCGCAGCCUGUGGCCAUCACUGUCCAAGGUCUCUCUCCCCCAGAGUCUGACAACGCGAGCGGCUCUUCAGUGGUGAUUAUUGUUGUGGCUGUGGUCUCGGGGAUUGCUGUAGUGGCCAUUGUUGCUGCCGUGGUAACCUUGUUCUGCCUCAGGCGAAAGCGGAUUUCAGCUUACCCAGGAAACCCUGAACACAGGGAAAUGGGAGAGACCCUCCCUGAGCAACGAGCCCAUUUCACUAAUGCUGAGGAUGCUGCCAAAGUUGAGGCUGAGAAGACAAUCACCUAUUCACUUCUCAAACACCCAGAAGGUCCAGAGGAAGAAACAGGGUCCCCGGAUUACGAGAACAGCACUUAGUCUGUACUGUCUUGCCCUGGGACUUGGGGAAAAGAAUGAGAGAGGCUAGAAUCUGAUGUCUCCUGGCCUGAAUUUCCCUUGGAGAGGACACGGGAGUGCUGCAGAUCCAGGAAAGGGGAAGGACUCUUUCAGAGUUAUCUACAUGAGUUCUGAAGCUCUCUGUUCUGAAAGCCACUAACAAUACGGUCCCAGAUGAUUGACUGUACUGAUUCCAUUUGUGCCUAAGCACUUCUUGUCAUCAAGACCUUUCUGUUUAUACUCCAUACAACCAAUAAAAAUUUUAUUAAACGAUAGUAUAUGUGAAGGGAAGGACAGCAUACAAUACAGGGGAAGUCAACACAACUGGACUAAAGCAAAAGCUGUGAAGUUUCCUGAACACAACAAAACCAUUGAGGGAUGGAGUAGCUGGAGUUGGGGCCUGGGGUCCAAAGUUUUGGUGAAUAUCUAGGUCAAUUGGCAUAAUAAAGUUUAUUAAGAAAAUUUUUUGCAUCCCACCUUGGUGAGUGGUGUCUGGGGUCUUAAAAGUUUGGGAGUGGCCAUCUAAGAUGCAUCAGUUGGUCCCAACCCACUUGGAGCAAAGGAGAAUGAAGAACACCAAAGACACUAGGAAAAUAUUAGCCCAAGGAACAAAAGAUUCACAUAAACCAGAGACUCCAUCAGCCUGAGACCAGAACUAGAUGGUGCCCAGCUACCAGUAAUGACUGCCCUGACAGGGAACACAACAGAGAGUCCCUGACAGAGCAGGAGAAAAGUGUGGAGCAGAACAAAAAUUCACAUCGAAAGACCAGACUUAAUGAUCUGAGACGGGAGGAAACCCCGAGCCAUGACCCCCGUGUGCUAUGUCAACCCAGAACUAAAACCAUUCCCGAAGCGUACUCUUCAGACAAAGAUUAGACUGGCCUAUAAAACAUAAAAUAAUACUUGUGAAGAGUGUGCCUCUUAGUUCAAGCAGAUACACAAGACCAAAUGGUGGCUCCUAUCUGGAGGCAGGAUGAGAAGGCAGAGACAGGAACUGGUUGAAUGGACACAAGAAACCAGGAGUGGAAAGGAGAAGUGCGCUGUCACAUUAUAGAGACUGCAACUAAUGUCACAUGACAAUAUGUGUAUAAAUUUUUGUAUGAGAAAUUAACUUCAGCUGUAAACGUUCACCUAAGGCACGAUUUAAAAAAAAAAAAAGAAAGAAAAGAACAGUAGUCGCAAACAAGAGAAA